UCGGUCGAAGUAAGACGUCUACGCUGCAUAUACCUACGUGCGACCUACACUCGCAAACCCGGCAAAUCCGUGGCACCGUAGCAGUCAGUGGUAGAGUGGGCGAUCGCGUGCGUGACUUCACUAAACGGUGCUUUUGUUGUUUUUGCUUUCCCCUCGUGCGCGCGCGCGCUCUCUCUCUCUCUCUCUCUCUCUCUAUCUCUCGCUCGUUAUCUGCAGCUGCUAGCAGUAUUCUAUAGUGCAACGCUUUCGAGAGACGGGAGGAAACCCCAACACCCUAAGGGGGUGGUGAUUUUUUCGUGAAUAUUUCAAACCGGAUUGAAACGGAAGUGAAAGGUGCAAAUUGUGCGUGGUGCGUACCAGUGUCGGUGAACUUGCGCGCGUGUGUCACAAAGAAAUUAAUAUUUGCAAGUGUUUGAUAUGCGCAACACGACUGUGUGAUUGUGUGUGAAUUGAGGUGGUUAUCAUCGACUCCUGUAAAAAAAGUUAGCAAAAAAGUAUCUCAGUACGUACAAAGAAAAGAAAAGAGAUAGCGGAUGUGAGAGCGAAAAAAAGAGAGAACGAAACGAGAGAAAAGGAUCAGAAAAAGCUCAAUCGAGAAAGUGCACGGCUGUGUAGUGUGUGAAAGUGCAUUCAAGCGGUAAAUGAAGUUGCAAUCGAAUUGGGAUAUCGAAAGUCGAUACCCUAGCGUAGUUCGAUCACAAAAGUGAUGGUGACCACCACUGCCAAGUGACAGUCGAUUUUGGCAAUAGUGAUUGUCAGGAUCCCAUUCUGCAACUCCGAAACCAAGCGAGGACUGAGAAUUGAACCGAAAGCUUCCUGGAGCGCAAAGAGCAUUGGUUCAAAGCGACAUCAGUUGAAGAGAGAAAAAAAGAAAGAAUACGUUAUCGACGUCAACGCACCCUGCAGCUGCCACUGUUUGCCGCUGCUGUCGAUACGGAAUCUGCUCACAUCAGUCCAGUGACUGAAGGUCGAGAAAAGUUUGACUAGCAAAUUGUUUGGGUUAUUCAAUCCGUUGCCGAUGGUGCGUGCAACAGAAAGGGCUGAUAAAACUGAACAAAAACAAAACUUAAAAGAAGAAUCCAUAAACUAUCGUUUGUGCUUUCAAGGAUUCGUUUACGGCAUAUGAAACACAAAGCCAGACAGAGCAAAUAGUUACACGUAUUUUUAAAGUAAAAUAAAACAUAAAGCAAAUAGUUUGCGCCUUUGAUAAUGGUAACCGUUAGGCAACUGUCCCGCCCGAUGGCGCUCAGUGGAAUACUGCUGCUAAUGGUCGGUAUUAAUCAAACCCAGGCGACUACUAGUGAAAAUCAAACUACCAGCUCACAGCCCAACGAGCUAGUACAAUUUGAGGACGCCCUUACAGACUACGUUGGCGACUGGUUCAGCCGAAAUUCGAGGAAUCUACUUGAAACUACGCUGCUCGAUUGGCAACCUGCAUCCGGACCGAGCAAUGCCUCCGCGACGCUCAGCAACUUUGAUCGAACUAUCAUUAAGGGUGUUGCUCGGCUGCUCGGUACGGCUGCUGAUGCCGUACAAAGCCGGGAGUCAGCAAAGACCCCUGAGACUGGUCGAUUGUUCUUCUUCAAAGGAAUGAAGAAAUUACUCUGGCCUGUCAUGAUUGGACUUCAAGUAGUAAAAACCGUACUGAUCAUGAUGUUUCUCCCGAGCAUCAUCGGUUCGCUCGGCAAGAUCGUGGGCAAAGGUCUCUCGUCAGUGUCUGGAUUGUCCCAUCCGGUACAGACGGUGGACGACUUGGACUUCAAGGACACUACCUCUUACAAUGCGGAUCACGACUUUGGAAUGAACGAUGGCAACAACUAUCUGCCUCCGGACGACACUCACGCAUCCGGGACCAGCUACAACUCAUACGUGUACGAUCCUGCUUCGAUGGGUGCGCACACCAACGCAGCGAACGCUCUGUCCCGGCUGGGUUAUGGUGGUGGACGGGUGACGUACGUUGGCCCAUCUAUGGUCCAGGCGGCGAACCGACGGAAGCAGCAGUCGGCCAAAAACGACUUCAAAAUAUUCCACGACAUUCCCAGCAGUAGUUUGCUGCUCACGAACUACGAUCCGUUCUACAGUCCGCUAUUGUCGCGGCUGGACGCCAUCUUUGCCCAGAUGGGCUUGUCAAACAAGAAGGAACAGUGCCGGCAGCGGCUCGUCUGCUUAAUGUACGCUAAUCCGGCCAAAUAUGCACCGUACAGCAAUCUCAUCUCGGCCCAGCUGAGCAGGGAGCUGGAUGAGCUUCGAAAGCCUACCAACGAUAAUCCAGACAUACUGCGGUUCUUCAAGUAUAUGCGAGCGGCCAAGGACGGCCAGGAUGGGGUGGAUUGUGAUGCACACUACAAGGACUGUACCGGCUACAAGGACCUAUCGAACCCAGCCAUGGUUACCACGUUUAACGACAUCAAUAAACUCGUGCACGCCCGCAAACUGUGAGAUGCGAGAUGGUCCAAUUGAGAGCGAUGGAAAGAUUUCAACCCACGUGCGCCAUCCAAGCUGCGAGCCAGCUAUGAAGAAACCGUAUUGAGCUCUUGAUUUGAUUUAAACGCAGUUAGUGUGGUAAAGUAGCUACACAAACGCGUUGUCGCAUCAUUGCAGCUGUUGCAAGUGUACCCAGAUGCAGAUGAUGUAGGAUUAUUGUGACCUCUUGAUUCCUAGUUUGUUUCACCGUUCCCCGGUUGGUGAUCGGCACGAACGAUACUCCACUUCACUUACUUCUUGUCUAUUUGGAAAUCUUUUCUAUUUAUUUAUUUUUUAUAGAUAUCUUUAUUUAUUGACUUAUUUAAUUAUUUAUUUAUUUAUUUAUUUAUUUAUUUAUUUAUUUAUUUACCGCUCUUGAGGAGUCUUUGAAAUUUUCUGUCACGUAGAAAACUAUAAUGCACGGCAUAUGUGUUGGUGUACAUUCAGUAGACUUAAAGCCACCAGACAGGAGACAGGAGUGAGAAAGAAGAUACGACAAGAUAAAUGCGAAUCGCGGCAUUAUAAUUAAAAGCACAAUAGAUAAAACAUUCGUAAACGAGUGAAAGCAAACUCCAGGAUGCCCUUCUUGUCUUACUGUGACGAAAAUGUCACCAAACGAUGUGGAUCCACCGGCUGCAGAAAGGGAAAUCAAAGUAAAAUAACAUAAGCCCGGACGUCAGUGAACUGUCCUAUGGAACGCUUCAAGCCUGAUGCCUGACGUGGGAAGAAAUGUAAAAUAUAGUCGUCCAAACAAAGUGACAGAGACAAAACGUAUGGUAGAAGCUAGGCCCGUGCAAGCAAAAGCACUCAACAUUUGGGUUUGGGUGUGGUUAAAAUGUAGAAUAAGGAAGUAAGCGGCAAAUAUGGUACGGUGUCAGACCGCCAAGCAGCCGAGAACAAUAAAGUGACUCGUAUGAGAAGAA